AUGUCUGUGCUACCGAUGUGUCUCUUGAUCACGGUUUUAGCUCUAUUGGGCACUUUCGUCAAGUCAACAGAUAGCCUUGGAGUCCUUUCCCUAAGAGACGGCACCAACGAUGUACGCUCAAAGGUAGAUGCCAUUAGAGCCAAUACUUCAGAACUGAACAAGCUCCUUUUGUCUUUGCGAAAUAGUCUUGAUCUUGGUGGAACUACAACCGAUAUCAAGUGCGCAUUUGGCUUUGUGAAGUUCCAACGCUCGUGCUACAAGUUUGUGAUAGAGAAAAAGACGUGGCAGCAGGCACAGCAUGACUGUCGUUCCAUGGGGGCAAACCUAGUGUCCAUUAAGUCUUGGGAAGAGCAGAAGUUUAUCUUGGAGCACAUAGCCACACACAAAGACCUGUUCCCGAGUUCUGAGGGGUUUCACGCUGGAGCAACAGACACGGCAAUGGAAGGCAUUUGGCAAUGGGUUUCUGACGGAUCUCUGGUCCAAGGAUACUUAGGCUGGGACUUCUUCCAUCGUUGGUAUCAGGACGGAGGCAGAGGCUCGAACUGUCUGCUGCUGUUUGCUCAACGCAAAUAUCUGUGGCAUGACGAGCUCUGCAACAAUAAGGCACAUUCUAUCUGUGAAAUUGAAAAUUGAGCACCUUGAUAUGUUUGCAGUCUGUGUGCAGAAUCUGCUUACUUAAGGAAAAAGAAGUUGUAAAAUCAGAUGUAAUUGUAACCAGAUACCUUACGCUCACCUUGUACACGAGACUCCUUGUGUUCACAAUAAAUCAUCUGAUCUCACCU